AUGGCUGGGAGAUAUUCUGCUCAUUACUCGGUGCUUACCCAUAAUCGGGACCACCUCCUUGGCAAUAGGGACGUGGGCCGUAUUAAUAUUGACUGCCGAUCCCUGGCACGGUCUCAAUGGGGCCUUAUGGAGGGGAAGCCUAUAUGGAUUUUGCGCGCUCAACUGCAAACCAAUCAGUCUGAUGACCAUCAGCUUAAACAACUAAAGUUAAUCCUUGAUUUCCGAACAACGUCUACAAAGAAUGAAAACCGUCGCACAAAUCGUGAACUACCUUGCCCCCUCGAAGUCACCGAGUACUACGGGCCCCAGGUUGGUUUUGGCAGACCACUAAGCAAGGGCGUCGAGAAAGAAAGUGGUAUAGAACCUGAGUUGGAGGUAGCGGGUAUUAAGGCAAAACUAUUCCGGUUUACGCGAAAAACGAACAAAACAUACACCUACAGGUGGCGUAUGUAUGGGCUGAGGCAUCCCGACAAAGCGGAUAAGCUCUACAGGCAGAUCGAUUGGACCAUCGAGGAGGCUACUAGUAAAGUAGCAAGGCAGAUAGAGCACAGGCCAGUGUGGGAACUAGGUAUGGCUAUCAAGCAUGAUAACCAGCCAUUCUUUAUCCAUGUCGGCGUCUCCGCCCAGGUGAAAAGUUGGAAGAGAAUAUUCUCACUGAAACCCAAGCGUGCGAUUACUCCAACGCAGGUUAUACCCCGUGGAGAUUCGACUGAUGUACUGGACAAUGAGGUUCUAGAGUUGAAUAAGGACUUAACAGACUCGCAAAUCAAGACUCCUGUCCCUUCCGAAACUGAACUGGAAACCGGUCAACCACAGGAGUUUUGGAACAUACUGGGUGCUUUAGUCGAAUCUGUUCGAUUUUCGAAAAGGGAUGCUGUUCUUAUUGCCGUUGUUGCUGUCUUAGUAUUUAUCAUUUCCGGUCGCUAG